AUGAGGAGGAAGAGUGCCCUAGCCACAGGGGACAGCCUGGGGAAAUGCCUAGAGAGGCUCAUUGGAGGAGCAGCAGAGCUGGGGCCUGGUACAUUUGGAAGUGGAGAUGCGGUGCUGAUCCAAGGCCGACCCAGGGCCCGGAGCGCAGGGAAUAUCAGAAAGAAGGAUGCAGCCACAGGCAAAGGCAAGAAGGGAAACGAGCCUUCUGAGGCUGAAGACCUCAUCCCACCACGUCCUCGGAAGCCCUCCUUCCCGUUCCAGUGGGCCUGGGAGAGCUUCUUGGUGGAUGGCCGAAGUCUGGCCACAGCUUCCCCCAACUCUUACCACCAUAACUCGCAGCCCAAGAAGGGCCAGACUGCAGGCCUGCCACCUGCCAGAGUCCCUCGGAAGUUCCGGUGGAAGGCUGUGCCGCCGGCUGCACAGCCAGUCAACUUCCCACUAUACUGGAAAAUGGAAGCCCGAUGUCGGGACAUAAGAAAGCAACUGAAAACCUGGAUAGAACCUGAGGCCUGCUUCCAAGAGAUGCAAGAAAUCCAAGAUGGUCAAGAUGGCCAGGAACAAGGACAGCAAGAAGACCAAGAUGGCAGGGGGGAGGAGGGGCCUGACGGCAAGAGGGAUCUCAGCUUCUACUCCUCUUCUGUAUUUCCUGAGAAAAGGUUGAAGUCCAAGAAGCUGGGCACAAGAUCCAAGGCCAGAGAGGAAGUAGAGGGUGAGGAGCAGCAGCCACCGGGAAAGUCUUUCCCGCUAACCAGGAGGAUGAAGUUUUGGGAAGAAGUUGGAGGAGAAACAGAGGCAGAGGAUGGAGUGGGCAGGGCCUCAGAGCAGUCAAUCUGUCCCCCACUGAUGAUCAGGAGCAGAGAAGAGGAGAUGGGCCAGCUUAGGAAGUGGAAGGCCCUUCAUCUGGCUGGUUUCGCCCUCCUUAGAGGAUUUGGGAGGAAGUCAGCAAAGCUGAAGGACUCAGAGAGGCUCACGGACCUAGAGAUUCUACUGAAGCAGUUACAGGAGGAAGCCAAGGAGCUAGGGUUCUACACCUCCCAGUGGCCCGUGCAGGAUGUUGUCCAACCUCGAGUGGAGAAGCGCCAGGCGUGGGAGGAUGUCAAGUCUUUCCUGCCCAUGAGUAGCACCACCAAAACCUUCCAAAAGCGCCAAGAGGCCACCAGGGCCUUGAUGUUGGACUGGGAGCGGCAGCAGCGGGAGGAACGAGCCAGGACAGAGCAGCGCCAAGCUCAGGCGCAGCGGAUUCGGAAGAAGCUGGCUCGGUGCCUGGCAGCCUAUGGGCCUCCCAGGUCCAAGGAGUCUGGGGCAUCCAAUCGCAAGCUUGAUGAGCUCAGGCAGCAGGAGAAGCAGCGUUUGGCAGAAUACAAGGCUGAGCUUCAGGGUAUCCAACAGCGAGUGCAGAACCGCCCCUUCCUCUUUCAGCAGGCCAUGCAAAACAAUGCCCGGCUUUCGGUGAACAGGCGCUUCUCUCAGGUGCUGUCGGCCCUGGGUUUGGAUGAGGACCAGUUAUUGGCUGAAGCAUUGAAGGAUGAUAUUGAGGAAGUCCCCCCAAAACAAAGCUCGGUCCCUCGUCCCACGUCCCACGUCCCACGUCCCAUCCGUCGUAUCGCUUCCAAGAGCAGCCGUCGCUGA